AUGCCUGAUUGUCGAGAGGACGGCAGUUCUCAGGGCAUCUGCGCAAAGAUCUAUGCACUGAAGGUAAGCAGGGGAAACGCAAACAUUUAGUGAUCCGUGUACGUGUCUCGUUAGCACACCAGUUAGCAACAUACUUUAGCAACUUCAUCGAUCACUUUUUGCGUGUAUGUCAGCAUUACAAAUUGCAUCUCCCUUACUGCUGGGUUCGCCGAAUGCAGAGACACUAUCGGCCAGAAUUACCCCCUAUUUCUCAGAUGCAAAGGACCGCUAAAGCAAUGUAGCCAAAAUUCGGAGUUACGGAUGACAGUUUUGUUUAAGCCUCCUAUAUAAUUACUGUAGAGGUGCCAUUCACCAGUGGUGGCCUUGAUAAAUAUGCAAAGGUGUCAGACACGAGGGACAAUCACCCUCUGAAACAUGUACUCAAACUCGGCCUUGACAAUGGCUAUAUGUGCGGCAGGGCCGAGAAAACAUGGGGCGGUAGUAUGGAUGUUAUGAUCAACGUCCUGCAGUGCGGUAGAGAUUUUAAAGUCGGCGCGGACGAGGUUGGUGAAAUGGGUGAGGAGCUGCCCAAAAAUGGAUUAUCCGGGUCGGGGUUGAGGGCGGCACAUAGAGCAAUUGGGCUAACUCAUGAAAUCUCAACAGAAAUUCCGAAAUGCGUUUCUGUUUCGAAAAGAUUAAUUAAGUUGGGUUGUAAAACGAAUCAGCCUAGAGCAUAAUUCUAUAAUAAUUUAGCUACACUAGAAGGUUGGCUUUCGAACAAACAUCUUUUCGGCUGCAUCCAGAAGCCAUACCACAUAAAAAAGACUACUUAAGUAGCAUGCAUUUUUUCAUUGAUUUUCGAUGUCCUUAAAGAUUCAAUUAUAUUUCGUGGAAAGCACGCAUAAACAUAUUCAUUUUUUGCAAAUUCAGUAAAAAAUUACGUCAUCUUUCAACGUUAUACUCGAAGGAAGGGCAUUAGUCGGUUUUUAAAAGCUUUUCCCAUUCCCGAAUAAUUUUGUACCCAACCGGCAGUCACACUUGCAUUCAGGGUUCCCAAACUACAAGCCGUCUAAUUUCGUGUACGGAAAGCCAUUUAUUUCUCUACUGUAAUAAAGGGGAGCAUGUAGGUUUCAUAAAAUUAAACAGUGGAUGUGCGCACCCUUGUUAACUUUACAAGCCACACUGGUAUGUGCAGAGACCUGAUGUUUUAUGAAUGACCAUUUCACGGUAUUUAAAAAUCUAACAAUAAGAAACUUUUUUAAAACCGAAUUUUACCCUUCCAUCGAGUAUAAAAUUGAAAAAAGACGUAAUUUUCUACUGAAUGUGCAAAAAAUGAAUAUGUUUAUGCGUGCUUUCCACGAAAUAUAAUUGAAUCUUUAAAGGCAUCGAAAAUCUACGAAAAAAUGCAUGCUACUUAAGUAGUCUUUUUAUGGAGUAUGGUUUCUGGAUGCAGCCGAAAAUACGUUUGUUCGAAAGCCAACCUCCUGGAGUAACUGAAUUAUCAUAGAAUUAUGCUGUAGGAUGAUUGGUUUUACAACCCAACUUAAUUAAUCUUUUCGAAACAGAAACGCAUUUCGGAAUUUCUGUUGAGAUUUCAUGAGUUAGCCCACCUAAUGCAGGAAGGGAUGCCCGAACGGAUGUGAUGAUCAACGACCUGCAGUGCGGUAGAGGUUUUGAAGUCGGGACGGACGACAUUGGCCAAUUGGGUAAGGAGCUGCCAAAAAUGGAUUAUCCGGGUCGGUAUUCAGGGCGGCACAUAGGAAGGGAUUCCCGAACUGUGAAACUGUUGGUCUGUUCGGAGAGACGUUUCUACCACCAGUGGACAAAAAGAUCGAACACAAUAGAGAGUCAGCAACGAAGAAGGCCCGGCGAAUAGACGUUGGCGGCCGGUGUCUAGGGAGAAUGGUCGGAAGACAUGGCUGGCAACUUGGGGAGAUAUUAAAGUCCUGAAGAAAGAACCAGGGUUUGUGACACCGACGGCCGACUGCGGUGAGAAUGAUAACAUUCAGCCACGCAUCACUAUCGACCAAGGACCGUCUGCGAACACUCACUAUAAUUCAGUUAUUUGACUUGACAGGAACGUCACCGAAGUUAUAAGUACGAUCUUUGCCAAACACUUACAAAUACCUUGGGGUUUAGCUCUCCUGUGGGAACUUAGUAAAUAAUGGUAGAGGGCGCUCACCAAUCGUUUUUACUGAACUCACUCGUCCCGUUGUGCCUCUCGGGCUCUCUCUCUCUCUCUUGAGCCCACGCAACAGCCGCAUAGCGGCGCAUCACAUAGACCAAAUGCCAUUAUCGGCAGAGACAAGAGCGACUGGAAUGACCAUUUCUGGCCCAUCAACCGUCGUCAGCCAGUCAUACUCAGCCCCGAAGUGUGGAACACCCGAUACUCGAACUCGCGACCUGUCAGUUAGAAGUCUGCGCCUCUAACCACUGGGCCACAGGCCCAUUGUCUUGUCGGUUUUCGAUCGGGAAUAUACAGUGGUAGAGGGAGGCUCACCGAUCGGUCUUUCGGAACUCACUCGUUCCGUUGUGCCUUACGGGCUCUCUUUCGAGCCCAAACAGCAGCCGCACAGCGGCGCAUGAUAUAGGAAAUCUUUUUCCUAUUUUAAUAUUGUUUGAGAUGUGGUUGACUAAGAAAACACGAUUAUUGCCGAUCUGCUUGCGCGAGAGGCGACAAAGAAGGAACGAACCAAACAGGGUAGAAUGUACCUUGUCCCCUUUAAUUUCUUUUGCUCAAUUUGCCUACUAGUCUUCCACCUCCGGUCCACACUGUUAACUUCAACUCAUUUUCUUAUGGCACUAGACCCAUCCCGUUCGACUCCACGCGAAAUUCCACCAAAGUCCUUGUCCACUUGCUGUGUAUCGAAGUGAGCACGCCUCAUUUCCUUUUUAUAAAAAUCCCAAAGUGGCAGUAUGUCUUACGGUCUUCUUUCUGAGAACCCAACAUCUAUAAGCCCAAAUUAUCUAGAAGGCCUGCGUACUCUAGCAUAUCCUUCGUUUUCCGUCCUCGGCUUCCGAUCCACAAAUCUACCAGCAGCAGUUAAAACAUUUCUCCGAAGUGUGGAACGCCUGGGGUUUGAUCCGGCGAUUUGUUAGUUAGGAGUCCAACGCCCCUAAAUACUGAGCCACUGGGUUGGUAGGACUGGCUGAUGACGAUUAAUGAGCCAGAAAAGACCAUUGCAGUCUCUGUUGUUUUAGUCGUUAAUAACAUUCUACUUUGGAAUUAGUUAUGUCAACCUCCAUGUACGCGCAGAGGCCAUCAUUUGUUCUAGCCUCCUAACCACUGGCUCAUGACGAUAACAGCCUGUCUAAAGGCAGAAGCCGACAAAAUAACACUUUAUAAUUUCGCCGGAAAUUGUUAAAAUAACUUAAAGUACACUAGGAAAAAUCUUGCAGAUCAAUCUGCAUCAUGUGCAACAUCUCUAGUGAGAAUAUAUCGAAAACCUGCUUGUGCUCACUGAACAGUCUUUUGAAAACGUUAGUGGGAACUCUUGAAACGGCGUUAUUGCGCCCUUUUAUACUCUGUCCAAUCUAUCGGUCAACUAAGCAAGUUUUAACUCGAAUAUAGCUUCACCAACAUCUUAAACACGCUUUUAAUUCCUCAAACAUACGUCCCACGAAUGUUUGCUGUUGGAUGAAGUAAGUGGGUUCUCCAGCGUUCCCAAUAUGGUUUCUACUGUUAGGGAAGUCAGCAAAUGCAGUUAUAUGAUAUCCGACAAAGUUACAUUGCUGAAUUUUUGUGCAAGCAUUUGCCCGAACCAUGCAACCACUAAACUCAGUGCAAUUUCUCUGCCUGGGAUCAUGGGAGUACAUGAAAGUGUUAUUCAGCCUUAAAGUUGUCUGUCGUGAAAAUAACUCUGAUCCCUUCCGGACUUGAUGGCAUUCACCUCAGCUAUUCACACAAGUUCCCAAACUCAGCCCGCAAAGUUAUGUGCCUACGACUUUCAUCUAAGUUCACUCGUGCACCACAAUCUUUUUUUAUCGUCUCUGAGAGUACAGCUAGUGUGAAUUCCCCUUAAGUAGAGUAUGCUUCAACAGUGCCAUAUCUACGCGUAGAGUUCACAUACCAAGCGCUGUGUACGCACGCGCUCACGUCUGCGCGUGCGUAUGCCUUGGAUUUCUGGGCAAAAUCUCGGACAUUUAUCCGGCUGUUAACUGCGCCUGAAUGAGCUACAGCCUGUUUAACCGCACAUCGUUAAAAUGGCAGCUGUUGCCAUCCCCGUCCAUGCACUCGACCAGUUGUCGGCUCCUUGCGUAACAAUGAGGUCGGACAACAUCACGCAGCGAAGGGGGCCUGAAAAAAACAGCAAAAUUAACCACUGACGAGAUGGUCGAAUUGGCAUUUCGGUAACGAUAGAACGUACAGUGCGUGACCGAUCUCAUGAAAUUCUGAAAUGUGUUUUCGAUUAGGAAGGAUUAAUAAGAUGGCGUUGUAAUACUAAUUAUCACGUAGCAUGAUCCUAUAAUAUUUCGGACCCAUCAGGAUGUGGGCUUUUGAAUGCACUUCCUUCUAACCUCCCACAGAAACCGUGUUCGGUAACAAAUGCAUACUUAUGUAGCAUACACUUUUCACAUUGAUUUUCAAUGGUCUUUUAGAUUCAAAUAUAUUUUAUAGAAAAGAUGCACGAAAAUGCACGUUUUUUAUCUGUUUGGUGAAAAACCACGUUGCCUUUAUAUUUUUUACCCUAAGGAAGGUUACCUUUCGGUUUUAAAACAAGUUUCUAAUUUUGAGGUUUUUAAGACCGUGUGAUCUCCGCAAAUACAGCAUCGCACGUGUCCAUUUACCAGUGUUCCUAGUGAAAUGUACAACACAUCCCGUAUCCAUUACAAAAUUUAUGAGCUGCAUAUAGUGUCAUCUUAAAGGCAUAGAAGAAUAUAUGAUUUUCCUUACUCGGAAGGCAUGCAGCUUGUAGAAUGAAAUCGCUAAACGCUAAAGCAACGGCUGAUCAGGCUAAAAAAAUAUUCGAUAAUUGGGGAACUUUUGAAAACCUAAAUAUAGACUUUUCUCAGGUAUAAAAUGUGAAGCUAAUGCGAUUUCCUACCAAGCACAUAAAAACGCAUAUUUUAUGCAUUUUUUCUAAAAAAAAUGUAUCUGAAUUUAUAAGACCAUCGAAAAUCAGUGUGAAAAAUCAAUGCUACUUAAGUAUUUAUUUUUUUUACCGUGCACGGUUUCUGCGAUAGGUCCGAAGAAUAUGCACUCAAAAGCCCACAUCUUAAUGAGUCCGAAAUACUAAAGGAUAAUGCCAAGUGUUAAUUAAUAUUACAAAACCACCUAUAGUCCUUCCUAAUCCAAAACACAUUUCAGAAUUUCGGCCAACAUUUCAUGAGAUCGGUCUCGCACUGUAAGACCCCCAACUAACUUGAGCUAGCCUGUGGGCCAUGUCGUAAGUUGAAUGCUGGUAGGGGCGGUCUUACGGGUGGAGCAACACGCAGGACAGAGAUAGAAAAAUUUCUGCCGAAAGUCCUAUUGUACGCUGUCAUCUGGCAAUGAAGCUGAGCGCAGUAUUUAAAAAACAAACAAAAAGUAAUUUUCAAAAAAUAACAAACUUCGAAUAAGACGCCACUGUUAAGUUUACAUUUAAUCAGGAAGAAAGAAAAUUUUGGCAAAAUCCUACUUCGUUGCCACAACUGCUAGGGGUUAGGGUUUGGCGUCAGGGGUCAGGGUAAGAGUUAGGGGUUAGUGUUAAACCCCCUAUUACCACUGGUUCUUUAUAACAGGCUGUUAGGGCUUGUCUACUGCAGGUGCGACUACAAAAUAAGAUUCGAUUGAAAUUUCAAACAAUGGGGGCAUUUAAUAAUAAGCGAUGUUUACAGUUGCACCGAAUUUUAGGGUGUAUUUUUGGAGCCGCAUACUACUUGGGGAUCUUACGUCCUAUAAUUACCGGCAUAUCUUUAAGGUGGAAUGUGUUCGAUUUCUUAGACAUUUGGCUAGGAGAUCAUUUGCUCGUCACUCAGAUGAAAUCAGAGCCAAAAAAUACUCGAAAGUGAGGAACAACCAGCGACAUGUAACGGACUCCAGCUGACAUAGUGCAUGGUGUUUAUGGCACAAUGCUGAGGAUGCGAAGGAGCAUAAAAAGACUUUAAAGGCUCGCCCAGGCAUGCAACAGCUCCAAGAGGGCUGAUAUGCUGUUUUUGGUCAUACGGCGCAUUUUGACUGCGAGAACUUCGACCCAAAUGAUACAGAUGGCGAGGUCAAUUCUCUUUCUGGUUUCGAUCAGUGCAGGGCAUUCAGAACAUCCCUGUCAUCGAUAACUCCUUGUCUGAGUGGUAUGCAUCAGAAGUGUCGUUUGAAGCUAUCCGCAUUUCAUGUUUUGCUAGGAAGACAUAAAAUCGUGUAGCGUACAGACUUUUGACCAUGCAGUUAAAUAAAUGCAGACAGUUCGCACCGCCUUCUCCAGUCUAAUUUAAGGCUAAUUUUGCCCUGUAAACACUGUCAUUUAGCUGAAGGAAUGUGCGUGCUGGUGGAAACGACUGCCACCUUGGCGAUCCAUGUGGGCGCGGCUGCUAGCCUGAUUAAUGGACAAGAGUUUUCCCAGAAGACUGGGAGGCACGGAUUCACGCGCGUCUGUGUGCAUGUACAUAGCGAUUGGUGUGUGUGUGAACCCGGAUCAUUACUAGGAGAAUUUUGUGGGGAGGGAGGGCAUACCGUAGGCAUGGGCGAACCAUGUGCUCGACAUUUCACCUACCACCGGUGUUGAUAGUAUCCGUUAGACACAAAUCACUUGCGAAUUUUGCGGCCAUUAUUAUCACAUGAUUUUUUUCCGCCAAUGAUGAUGGAAUUCAGCUCGAAUAUUUGGGUAACCCCACGAAUGAAGGCGAAAUGUCGAGUUCCAGGUGUAUGCAUAACGUGUUCCGAUGCUCAAUUCAUCUUCUUCACUUAUUUGAAAAACCGCUGGGAUGGAAACAGAAGUGCCUUGUUCUAAUAAUUAGCUAAUGUCGGAAAACAGUCUACAGUUUAGCAUACAAACAGGAAUUACUUAGGGAGCGCUAAAGCCUCACUGGUGUGAAUACACCUUUGCAACUGCUUCAUAAACCAGCAUAAUAUUGGGCAAGCAUCGGCUGGGCUUUUCCCUGGUAACCAUGUUUACUGAAAGAGAAAAUUACAAAUAUAAGCUACAGUAAAUGCAAAAGUUCGAGUUCCAGGUGUACUUAUAAGUGAAGAAGAAGAAGAGUAGCGAGCACCGAACAGUCUGUUUAUUGUUCUGAGCUAUCGAACACAUGCAGGAGUUCAUCGACAGAGAUAAUAGCAGCAACAGAACAAGCGACAGUUAUAGGUCGUGUUAGUCAUUCAUCGACCGACAGCGCAAAAGUGGAUGUGACUGCGUAGGGCUUUGUGCGCGCAGUUAAAGCCUGAGAAGCACUUUGGAGUAGUGCACCGCAUCCAGUGCCAAAACUGUCCUCGUAACUACACAGGUCAGACUGGACGCAUGCUAGGAUCGCGCAUACACGAACAUAAGCCGGCUAUGCGGCGAGGAGACGCAUUAGCACAAGUAGCCGCCCACACCUACUAACUAGGUCAUGAGUUUGACUUCGCGACCAUAAAAAUAGCCGCCUAUGCCGGGCCUCGGAUGAGAACACAAUUUAUCGAUCUGGCGACGGCGUGCGGAGCCCCGCGCAGUCACCUCCAGUUUUGCGCCGUCGGUCGAUGAUGGAUUAACACGGCCUAUAACUGUCGCUUGUUUGGUUGCUGCUAUUAUCUCUGGCGAUGGAUUCCCGCAUGAGUUCAAAAGCUCGGGACAAUAAACAGACUCUUUCGGUGCACGACCACCCUUCUUCUUCACCGAAACUGCAGUUUUGAAAGGUCGGGACAUCAUGUAGGCCAGCUGUUUUGAAGGAGCAGAAUUCGGCUUUUUAACUGUCUAAUUACAUUUGUGCUUCUCUGGUCUGAAUUUCAGAACGGAAUUAUGACAUUCGCCUAUUAGCCUUCCAUCCAGCAACGAGUGCUAAUCCGCCACAAACCAACGUAGUAGUGGACUGUGAGAAAAUGCGGACUCAUGUAAUAACAAUGACAUGGCUAUAGAGUAUGGGAAAUGCUGUCGGUGGGAAUAAUUUUAAAUGAGACUGUUUCAAAUGGACUGAUGAAAAAAGAAACAGAUUUGUAAUUCCUCCCUUGAAAAAAUCUUGGCUUGUUAUAAAUACCCUAAACUUUUCGCUGUUUUCUAGAGUGCUUCUCCAAAAUUUGUGUUUUCUAAACUUGCACUUUUUAUUAACAGGGUCUGGUUGGUCCGCGGGCCGAAAAGGUAUGCGCAGCGACUUCUUUCGGCGACCUAACGGCUUACUUGUUAGGGUUCCCCAGCUCCCGCCGGACGCGACGCGAAUUGUGAUCAUCUGCCGUGUGAACUUCCCAAGAUAAAUCUAAAGGUAAGGACCCGCUUUUCGUACGCCUACGCGCUUAUGUUUCUUCAACCGCCUGGUGAGGCGGAAAUGUCACCGAAAUGCUAAAUCUAAGUGUUUUGGGUUUAAAUCUACCCGAUAAUCAUUUCAAUGUGCGCCCCUAAACGGCCCAGUUUGGCAUUCGAAUUCGUCCCAUUCAAAACUAAAUGUUUCAGCCAUUUGAACUGUCCUUUUUGUUCUCUGCGAUCACCUAGUGUUUUUUUCUGGUUUAGGGUGAAAAGGGUGAGAUGGGCUCAACAAAAGACUGCGGAAAAUCCUGUCCUGUGAUCCCUGGCGAGAAAGGUGCAAAAGUAAGAAUUUGAUUUACCCAUAAAUCUCUAACUUCGCGAACUAUAAGUUUCCCAUUUUAAGGGUAGAUAUGCCGCCGUAAAACCGUGUCUUUUACACAACCAAGUAUUUAGAAUAAAGCUCUUAUAUAUGACAUUUGUGACCUGCUAGAAUCAAGGAAACUUCGGACUUUUGACUUCAUGGUUUAAAAGGUCUCCAUUUUUCGGUGCGAUCGUCGCUUUUCGUAUUGUUUGUCCGCGUUCAGCCUCUUAACAUCCAGCGACGACAGUCCUGCCCCCAAACGUAAGGUCAUGGGACUGACGUAUUGGCAGACUGAGGACGUUGUGAGCGUUAGUCCUCGUCAUCAACGUCCCGUGUGAUUACUACCCGUCCUCAGCAUCCUGCCUUCGAGUUGCCCCACCAACCGCUGUUCUUAUUUUCGUAGCGGUAACUUCAAAUUGCAGAUGCUGAUUGAGAGCACUGCCAGACUCUUGGUCAAUUUCCACUUGUUUAAAUGAGGUCUUCAGGGUGUCCACGUAUCUUCACAUUUGUCCUCCUUGUCCGUGGGCGGCCAUAAUGAUAUCAUCGUAGAAUGGUCGUUUGGCCACCCUUGUAAAACUUCAUUAAUAAUUAGGCGUGUAAUCCCAGUUGAAUAUGCCCCAGCCUAGCGUAGAUGUUAAAUACACUCAUUCGAUCCAGAAAUAACUUGUUCAAGAUCCUAUCUUGUAACUUCACCGUCGCCAUACUUGUCUGACUUUGCUUUACUGCCUAAGUCUUCAUCCCUUAGCUGGACGUCGUCAAGAGGAUAAUUCUGUGUAUCGGAAGUUUCGUCUUAAGGAAUAUCGUAUGACAAUUUCAGGGGGAUUGUAUGGUCCCACGAAGACCUGGCUGUUCAUCUGGUACAUAUUGAUGUGUUUUGCAAUGGUACUUCUGCGGUUGCCGAACUUUCCAACAGCUACAAGGCGGGUUCCAUUGAAGCUUACCAUUUGUUUGUCGUAUCCCUCUGUCGGCGUCGAUGGCAACUGACUACUGUUUUCUUUGUGUUAACAGACAGCCUGAAGACCAAACAUCCGAAGGCAACGGAGUAUACACUCUUUCGCGUGCCCACUUUAGCUGAAGUGUCCGUAUGAGGACAUUUUCUGUACCAGGAUAGGGUUAGGGUUGCCGUUAGGGUUAACGGUUAACAUUUAAGGUUGGGGUUAGGGUUAGGGUAGAGUUAAGUUUAGGAUUAGGACUAAGGUCGCCGUCCGCUUCCCCAUUCCUGGCUACCAACUGCGAUCUAGCCUACACAGUUGUCGUGCCCUCAAUACGAGUACCAGCUACAGUUUAGAAAGGUGCUCGAACGAAAAUUACUCGGUUAGUUCAUUUAUGAUGGUGGAUUACAACCCAAAUAUUCAUUCCAAAUUCUGGAUAGAACCCGAUAUGGCUCGUAUUUAUGAAUUUGCACCAAGUUUACGCAUUAAUUUGUGAGGAGAUUAAAAAUGUUUAAUUUUAUUUUCGGCCUGCAUAGGCCAGAUGUUAUACAAUAUUUCCUCGGCUGGGGUAACGAUGUAGAUGCCAGGUUGUUCGUCACUGUAUGCGUCCCUCGGAAAAUUAAGGAGGUAGGAGUGAGCACAAGACCCUGACUCACAGCAAUUAUUAUAACAAAUGAUUCCGAGGCCGACUUAUCGUUCGUAAGAUGGACCAUCAACCAGUCGUGCAGUUGUCUUACCGUCAGUUUUGUUAGUCCGGAUCAUCUGAACCUCUUCAUGUUUGGUCCCAAUGAUUUGACAAAUUACUGUGCCAAAGUCGUUCGAUGAAUCAUGAGAGGUGGUUCGCGGGCCAGCUUUAAUUUAUAGGCGUAUUUCUUUUAAUUGUUAACCUGAAAGUAUAUUUGCAUGUGACCUCAUGCAGUUUCCAGAAUACGCACUUCUCUCUAAAAAGAGCCUACGUCUCAGGUAAGCGUUUAAGUGUUUGGAACGAACACGGACAUUUUGUACGCCGUGUAGGGAACGGCAGCCGGCGAUAAUGAGCGCAGACUGUGCUGACACCCUUGUGCUUCACACAUAUCCUGGAACUACGAGGUGAGUCUGCUCAGAAGUUGUGAGUACCACUUUGGUCUGUAGACUUCCUCCGAAAUUGAGUUGACAUGGGGAGCAUUUCCGUUGCACAGCUGCAGCAUUAUCCUGGUUGACUCCCGCUCGGCGGUUGUUACCACCUGAGGUACAGUAGGUGGGCUGACUCAUAAAAUGUUGACCGAAAUUCUGAAAUGCAUUUUCGCUUCAAAAAGAAUACUUAAGUAGUGUUUUAAAAUCAAUCUCCACGCAGCAAAAUUCUAUAACAAAUCAGUUACCUCGACAUGCCGGCUUUCUAACGAAUUUAUUUUCGGCCGCAGGCAAAAACCACACGCUGUAAAAAAUAGUUGCUUAAGUAGCAUGGAUGUUCCUGAUUGAUUUUCCAUACCCUUGAAAAUUAAAUUACACUUCGUGGAAAACAUGAUAAAGAUAUUAAUUCUUUUACUCAUUCGGUAGAGAACUAAGUCUUCGUACAAUUUUAUACUUAAGAGAAGGGUAUAAUUUGGUUUUAAAAGAGUUUCUAUUUAUGAGAAUUUUAAUACCGUGAAAUGUCCAUCCAUGAAACAUCGUGCCUCUGUUCACUUUACACUCAACAUUAAUAAGUGCAAUGUUGCUUUAAUCCACUGCUAAAUUUUAUGAACCCCAUGUAGUUUCCGUUUUGUACUGUAGAGAAACACAUAGUUUUCCGUGCGCGGAAAAUAUACGGCCUGUAGUAUGGAAAACCCUAAAGUAAGUGUAACGACAGGCCGUAUUCAAUUUUUUAAGAAUUGGAAAAGUUUUUUAAAACCGAAUUAGACCCUUCCUUCGAGUACAAAACUGUAAGAGGACGUAAUCAUUUAUCGAAUUAGCAAAAAAUAAAUGUUUUUAUCAUGUUUUCCACGAAGUAUCGAAAAUCACAGUGAAGAUCCAUGCUAAUUAAGUAGUCGUCUUUUACAGAGUGUGGUUUUUGCAUGCGGCCGGAAAGUUCGUUCGAAAGCUAACAUCUGGGGGCAACUGAAUUAUUAUAGAAUUAUGCUGCAUGGUGUUAAUUUUAAACUCCUACUUAAGCAAUCUUUUCCAAAACGAAGAUGCAUUUCAGAAUUUCAACUAACCUUCCACGCGCUAGCACACCUGUUGUAGUCUGUUGACGAUUUCCCCUUCGGUUGUAGAGGAGCGGUUGAAGAAGCCCUUGAAGUGCUCUGCCUAGUUAUCCAGAAGCCGUACUUACCCCUCAGUAGGGUUGUGCAUCCGAAGUGAACUGCGCGCAUUCCCGUUGCGAUCAGAACCGUUAAUGGCUUUUGCGUCAAUGUCUCUUAGCUACUUCUAACUUCGGCGUUUAUAGCUUGCGGUUUCGUUUACAUCGGUUCUGCUGUUCACAUACAUCCGGAUUGGUCCAAUUUUUCUUGGAGAGGGAACGCCGAAAUUUCCCUUUAUUUAAAGAGCUGUCCUGGAUUUUUUGGUGUGUAGGUCUAGGAUUUGCUAAGACAAUGGCGUCAUUCGUUCGCGUUUAUUUGAUCUUAAUUUUGUGUCACUCGAAAAUGUGCCUUUGCUCUAACUUGACUUUCAUUCUGUUGCAAAGAUUUAGCUGCCCCCAGCCAUAUAAUAGAGAACAAGAGACAGACUUUAACGUGAACUGGUAACAAUGUCCAACAAAAAAUUGUCAAAAGCUGCGGCUUCAAGGUAGUUAGAGUCCCAUCUCUCCUGACUGUCGGCUUCGAUAACCAAUGCAGAACAGGCGGAUUGCCGGUACCUUGUUUGUGUCAUCAAGUAGUGCGAAUGAAUGAUGGAAAUAGGCAGAUCGUCGAUUUACAUUACAGAAGCGUCCGUAGGCUACGUAAGGCGGAGUCAUGGCUCAAAUUUAAAAACAAUUUGUCUCUUAUGAUACAGUACUCCUAUUACUCGGGGUUACAGCCGUAGUUCCAUUUUCGAGACAAAAAGCCAAUGGCCUGUUCAGCACCCAGUGCCGCGCUUCGUCUUUUUACCAACAAAUCACUCUGAUUGGGCAUCUUGAUGGGACGUCGUUUGGCAGUUACUGGUGACACGAGCGAGCGUGCGUACACGUUGUCUGUCUGUUUUCCUAGGACUGCAGGCUGUGCUUUUGACGAAAAGAUUGUCUUGUGUGGAUGCCGGCGGCAGCUGCCAACUACUCGUCGAAGUAGCAUUCCCAGAGGCGGGUCUCUCUCACUUUGCAUAGAGCCAAUUUGAAGGCCUCAGAGAUGUCCUCAUUUUGAGAAAAAAGAAGUGCACACCGGAUCACGGGACUUGUUUGACUGACGUUUUGAAGAGCUGGGGCGGCUCUCCAUUGUCAAAGUGUCUAGGCAGCGAAAGAAGAAAAAAAUCGAUCAGCCCACGGUCAACUAAUUUAGCUGUCCUUCAAAAUUCUGCUCGAUUUUUUCACCAGACGCUUUGAAAAUUGAGAGCCGCCCCAGUUCUUCGAAACAGCAGCCAAACAAGUCCCGUGAUCCGGGAAGCACUCCUUUUUCCUCAGAUUAUCAACCCGGAUCUCUUACUUUUUCUAACCUGAUGUCCUCCGAAUUUUUAUCAACUGGUCACUAGACUGCUUAAUAGAGAAAAGGACAUUUCAGGCUCGUGGAUGUAAUCUGCUUGUGCCAACAGGGUGCGAUAAAGCUAACAGAAACAGGAUUGUUCUGGUUUUUUGCGUUUUGACUGUAGUUCUAUCCAGCAGACGCUGUCAGGAGCAAUGACGGCCUGAACCAGCCUUUAUAGGGCACAUUUUCGAGGCUCUUACUCCUGAAAGGAUAUGCUAUUCUUCUCAGGACAAGACACCACAGAGGAGUGGUAUAUAACCCCUGCGAAAACCGUAAUUAACUACGGCCCUAACGCCCAUCAUGACCAUGGCUGUAAUAGGUAUCCCUAAUCCUUAACCCGUAAGCAUUUAAGGAAAACUCGAAUGCAACCACAACCUAAACCCUAGGCCUUAAAUUCCUAAUCCAAACUCUAAACCCCUCGCUCAAACUCAUGACCAUAACUCUAAGCCACAACCCCAGCCUUACCCGCGAAUCCAGACCAUAAACCAAAGCGGACAACGUCGGCCUUAGGAGUAACCUAAAUCCUAAUAUUAGCCCUAACUUCAACCGUCUGCCUAACUCUAACCUUCAAUCCGAUCCGGGCAACUUUGACGUCAGUAACAUAAGUGAAGAUCAAAAUUCGCGUAACGUAUGACUCCUUCGCCAGGCAAACUGUUAUGAGCUGCACAAAUGCGUUACCGACAAAGAUAGAGGAGACUGGAGUGACCAUUACUGGCCUGUCAGCCGACUUCAGUCAGAUAUACUUAACCCCGAUGUGUGCAAACCCCGGGACUCGAUUCCGCAACCUGUUGGUUAGAAGUCCAAAGUACUAGCCACUGAACCAUAGGCUCGUUGCACUGUCGGUUGCGAUCGGGUAAAUACAAUGGUAGAGGGGCGCUCGGCUAUCGCGCUACGGAAUUCACUCGUUCCGUUGUGCCUUGGGGCUACACAACACCUACCUAGAAAAGAUAAUAAGGUAAAUUUUCGAAAAACCACCCGAUGAAGUUACAAACCCUAUAUUGAUGGGGUCUCUUAUCCCAUUCUAACCGACGGCCAGCAUAGUGGGAAAAUGAUCCAAAAUGGCUUUGAGCAUCCACAAGAUUGCAUGCUGCCCAUCGAGUAGAACGUUUCAGUAGGAGGAGAGAGUGGCAACUCAGAAGGCGAUAUCGUUUGUGAAGAGCUGCACACUGGACGCCCUAGUUUGAAUUAACCCUUCGCUUAGGGGCGUGCACCGGGGUGUGCCAAUGCAAAAAAUAUAGUUUCCUCGAGUUCCUGCUGAGAGUUGGGAAGCUCGGAGGGGGGGGGAGAUGAUGUGAAGGUAGUUCAGGAUGGUCGGACAUUUUGUGUGUCUACGUAUCCACAAUCGCGGAACAAUUCACCAAGACCACCGAUGCCCUCAUCAUGAGAGUACAAGCUCGACGUUCAUAUCCAUGACCAUGAUAUCCCAUCUAUCCUUUUCAUCCUGACUCGUCCAAUACGUUAACCCUGCCUUGUUCCCAAAUAUCAGUUACUUAUUAUCUUAGUUAAGGACCAAACAAAAACUGCUAGUGUUAAAAUCAUCGGAUGGUGUGGGCAAACCAGUUGGAACAGGCGUACCAGUCAGUCUGCCCCGGAGAACUGUUUGGAAAAAUAAACAUGUUCACACUGGCUAUGCGUCAUCUAUGUAUUUCAAAUGCCCUUCAACCGCAAAAAUUGCCUUUAGAGGGGAAGCAUAUGAUACAUAUUCACACCAGCCUAUCCCCUCACACUUUUAGGGUGAGCCGGGGGUCAGAAACAUUCUCACAGGUGAGCAACUUGAUCAGCUUGUGGCCCGGUAUCUUGAGAACGUGGUAAGUUUUCUUCAAAUGUGCAAUAUCCCAUUCAACCCUGUGCCUUUGAAAACCGUUCUCAUAAGUCUUCUCCAACAGGACCCACGCGAGGUCGUUGCAAGUCUUGAAAAUCUAAAAGUGACUGCCAAACAGCCGCAUCGGCCCUGGAAAAUCGUCGACCAAAAUGAAACCGCCUGGAUGCCGCUGAUUCACACUGAGGUACACAGGCGCUUUCCCCACAUUUCACAAGUUCAUUUCUUUCCCUAA